UUCAACAGCUCUCCUUAUCUCUCUAUUGCAGCAUAAGAGAUUCGAUUCGCGACGCGAUGGCCCUAAUGGUGAAAGCUGAAGGUGGAAAUGGAGGUAAUGAAUGGGAUGAUGGAUUUAAUUAUGAGGGUGUAACAAAGAUACAUGUACGAGCCGGUACUGAAGGCAUUCAGUUCAUCAAGUUUGAGUAUGUCAAGGCUGGAACAACUAUUGUUGGACCAAUUCAUGGUGUCUCUGGUCUUGGUAUGACACAAACGUUUGAGAUAAACCAUUCACAAAAAGAAUAUCUAGUAUCUGUCGAGGGUUACUACGACAAAACUACAGGCGUGAUCCAAUCAAUCCAAUUCAAAACUAACGAGCAGACUUCUGAUAUGAUGGGGUUCAACAAGGGUACUAAGUUUUCACUAGGCUCCAUGAGGAGAAAAAUCAUUGGAUUCCAUGGAUUUGCUGACAAGAAUCUCUACUCUCUUGGAGCAUAUUUCAUCAGGAUUCCAGCAACCAAAUCACCAAUGCAAGGUGGUCAAACCACAGGCAAAAGUUAUGACCAUGGUGGUGACUAUGAUGGCAUAAAGAAAGUGUAUGUUACAUAUGAUGGCACUUCAAUAAGGCAUAUGAGAGUUGACUAUGACAAAGCCGGUCAAGUUGAAUGCUAUGAGUAUGGGGACAAGAAAGGAACAGGAGAUGAGUAUCUCCGAAUGAAGUUAUCCACCAUUACUGUUAAUUAUCCCUAUGAAUGUAUCACAUCCGUAGAAGGAAGCUACGCAAAUACUCAACCUUACGGAUGCAUCGUCCUUAGGUCUUUAACUUUCAGAACAUCAAAUGGGAGAACCUUAGUAGUUGGAACCAUGACUGGUACCACGUUCUUGCUGCAAAGCCAAGGCAAUGCUAUUGUUGGGUUCCAUGGAAGGGUAGGUUCUUGUGUUGAUAGUAUCGGGGCGUACUACGCCCCGUUUUCUCCUUCUCCUCCUCCAUCAGAGAAACUAGAAGGACAAGGUAGUGAUGGAGGAAAGUCUUGGGACGAUGGUGCAUUCCAAAAUGUAAAGAAGGUAUACAUAGGACAAGGCGAAUCUGGUAUCGUUGCCGUUAAGUUUGAGUAUGAGAACGAUGCUAGUGAAGUGGUAAUUGGAGAUGAACAUGGAAAGACAAGUUUGCUUGGAUACGAAGAGUUUGAGGUGCAUUAUCCAAGUGAAUACAUUACAUCAGUGGAGGCUUGGCAUGACAAGGUUAUGGGAGCUGAAACUGGAGUUAUAACAAUGGUGAGGUUCAAGACAAACAAGCGUACUUCUCAACCUUUUGGACUUGAAGCUGGUGACAAGUUUGUCCUCCAAAAGGAUGGUCACAAGAUCACUGGAUUCCAUGGGAAGUCUAGUACUAUGCUUCAUCAGAUUGGUGUUCAUGUUGUUCCCAUCACUGAGUGACCAUCCAUAUAGCUACUACCUUCAUUAUCGAAUGAACAUGAAUCCUCUAUAUUAUUCUCUUGUCGUUGUUAUUUUCGUUUUCAUUAUGCAUCAUUAACAUAUUUUAACUUUUAAGAUAAUAAUAAAAAGACAAUCAUGUCUUCAUGUUGA